CUGACGCUCCGGUAGCGGAGAGGCGCUUUGUACGGAGCGGCGGUGAGGAGCAUGACAACAGGACUCCCGUUAUAAACAGUAUAGUUACAACAAGUUACACUCUGAGCGUCGGCAAACCCCUAAACAUGGGCACAUGUGUGUAGAAAGCCUUUCGUGUGUCUCCAUCUGCCCGGCGGCUGUGUUUCCGUCCAGGAUAUUCCCUCCUAACUCGUCCUUCUCAUUCUAUCCGUCCUGUUUUGACCCACUGGGUAUAACCUGAGAUAACCUGAGGUAUACCUGUAAGUUAGUGUCGGCCUGCUGAACACACACACAUGUCAUGGGAUUGACAUGCUUUUAAGUUUUUUUUCUCAACCGGAUUGAGGGGAUCUGUAGGUGACGACUGGGUGCCCAAGUUGUAUUGGCUGUAACCCCUACGUGGCAGGAGUUAAUGGGACGUCUGAUGCUGGCUGUGUCCUAGUUGAACCGGACGUCUGGUUCUCCUCCUCGUUUGUGUGCUGGCUGUAUCCUAGUGGAACCGUACGCCUGGUUGUCCUCCUCUUGUGUCUUCCUGUCGGCUGAGAUGAUGAGGAACGCGUUGCUGUUCACGUUGUGGUUCAUGUUGACCACCCACCAUGCGAGCGCCGCGUCUAAAGGCGUCUCCGCGAGCCUCAAAGCCAAGUGGACCAUGACGCCAUUCCUGCUCGAGACAAGCGAGUUCGUUGCAGAAGACGGCAAUGAGAAGUUCUGGCAGUUUGUGGAUACUGUGAAAGAGCUCACUGUGUACAAGAACGGAGAGUCGGUGCGGUCCUACUACAACCUCAUCCUGAAGAAGGCGGGGCAGUUCCUCACCCACCUGCAGGUCAACCUGCUGCGCUUCGCCCUGUCGCUGAGGACCUACUCGCCCGCCGUGGCCGCGUCUCAGCAGAUCGCCAGCGACGAAGACACACCAGCGUCCUGCCCGGCGUUCGUGUCGGUCCACGGGCAGCUCGGCUGCAGCACCAAGGACCUCAAGAAGCUCCUGAAGGGCGCCUUGGACAGGCCAAAGCCGUUCCUGUACAAGACGGACCACAGGUACCCCGGGCGUAACGUGAGCGAUGUGCCCGUGGUGGUGCUCUACGCUGAAAUAGGAACCAGAAAGUUCAGUGCUUUCCACACGCUGCUGUCGGAGCGGGCGGAAGCCGGCUCGCUGAUCUACGUGCUCCGGCACUUUGUGGAGGACCCCCAGCCCCACAAGGUGCUGCUGUCGGGGUACGCUGUGGAGCUGGCCAUCAAGAGCACCGAGUACCGGGCGGUGGACGACACCCAGGUCAAAGAUUCAAAGGCUGGCACCAACCGAGAUGAGGAGGACGUGGACGAGGUCCAAGGGUUCCUGUUCGGAACAUUGAAGAAGUCCCACCCUGAGCUCCAGGGGGGGCUGGGAGAGCUCCGUAAACAUCUGGUGGAGAGCAGCGAUGAUAUGGCCCCCCUCAAAGUGUGGGAGCUGCAAGAUCUUAGUUUCCAGGCGGCCGCUAAAAUCCUGUCGGUGCCCAAGUUCGACGCUCUGAAGCUCAUGAGGGACCUCAGUCAAGACUUCCCCAGCAAGGCCAGAUCACUGACAAGAGUGACCAUAAAGCCGGAGAUGAGAAAAGAAAUCGAGGAAAACCAAAAGCGUCUGAGCGAGACACUGGGGCUCCACCCCGGAGACGCCGCACUCUUCAUCAACGGGCAGAACAUCGAUCUGGACACUCACACCCCCUUCAGCAUUCUGGACAUGCUCCGAGGAGAGGCGCGGGUGCUGGAGGGGCUCCACAACCUGGGCGUCACCGGGGAGCACCAGGGGAAGAUGCUCAGGCUGCCUGUGGGCGUGGUGGAGGACAGCUACGCCCUGGACAUCAGACAUCCAGCCAUCAUGUGGCUGAACGACAUCGAGAGCGACCCCAUGUACCGGGGCUGGCCCUCGGGGGUGCAGGAGCUGCUCCGCUCCACCUUCCCCGGGGUCAUCCGCCAGAUCCGCCGCAACUUCUUCAACCUGGUGCUGUUCCUGGACCCGGCCCACCAGCAGACCGUGGAGCUGGUGAAGCUCUCGGAGCUCUUCUACAAACACAUGAUCCCUCUGAGAAUCGGGUUCAUCUUCGUCGUGAACACGGAGGAGGAGGUAGACGGGUUCACGGACGUGGGGGUCGCCUUCUACCGCCUCCUGAGCUACAUCGCCGAGGAGUACGACCUGGCACAGGCGCUGACCUCCGUGGUCUCUAUGUACAGCAAAAUCCGUGUCGGGGAGUCUCUGUCCGUGGAUACCAUCACCGCCUUCCUGAAGAGGAAAUUCCCCAAAGCCAACGCAGGAAGGAUUCUGGGGCUGGACUCAGAAUACGAUGAGAGGAGACAGGCUGGCCCCCGGUUCUACCAGGAGAGCGGUCUGGGCGCUCUGCCCGUGGCGCUGUUCAACGGCGUGCCCCUGGACCCCGGGGAGAUGGACCCCGAGGAGCUGGAGACGCUCCUCCUGCAGCGCAUCAUGGACGCCACCAACGUCUUCCAGAGGGCCGCCUUCAUGGGCCAGCUGACGGAGGCGUCUGACGUGGAGGACUACCUGAUGGAGCAGCCCCACGUGGUGCUAAGGAUCAACCCCCUGGUCCUCAGCACGGAGAGGAGGUACCUGGACUUCACCGCCUCCCCAGUGGCGGACGACUGGGAGGACAGCACCAUGUUCUCCUACCUGGACUCCAGGGACCGCACCGCCGUGGUGGCCAAGAGGAUGAAGUACUUCACCAAGAACGACGAGGACGGGAUGAGUGGCGUGACGACGUGGAUCGUGGGCGACCUGGAGACGGAGGCGGGGCAGCGGCUGCUGGCGGGCGCACUGAAGCACGUGAGGAAGUCCCCGGGCGUGCGCGUGGGGGUGAUCGAUAACCCGGGCAGCAGCCGUUCGGGCCUGGAGGACACCAGGGUGUACCGGGCUCUGUGGAGCGCACUGCUCACCCAGAAGAACAAGGUGGCGCUGGAGUUCACCCAGACGCUGCUGAAGGGGGCGACCCAGGACCUGCUGAAGGGCGGGGCCAAGAUGAAGGACCUCCUGCUUCAGGGCAUGGACGCCGACGCCUUCGAGAAGAGGUUCAACACCAUGGAGGGGGGCUUCCUCCGCAGCCUGCAGCUGUUCUGCAGAGACGUGCUGAAGCUGGGCGCCGGGCAGCGGGCCGUGGUCGCCAACGGAAGGAUCCUGGGGCCGCUGGGGGACCAGGAGGAGUUCACCCUGGAGGACUUCCAGCUGCUGGAGAAGAUGACCUGGAGCAGCUCCACAGAGAAAGUCAAGGCCAGAGUCAAACACAUGGGGAUGAAGGGCAAACAAGCCAGUGAGCUCAUCAUGAAGGUGGACGCCCUGCUGUCGGGCGCCCCUAAAGGAGAGACCAGGAAGGACGUCCCCUUCCCCAAAGACGUCCACAGCGUGCUCCAUCUCUCCCCCCGUGACGGCGAGGUGGUGUUUGAGGCGGUGGCCGUCGUGGACCCCCUCAGCAGGGAGGCUCAGAAGCUGUCGUCGCUGCUCAUGGUAAGCCCGGGACGGGCGGAGGGUGGCGACGAGUGCCGAGGGUGA